CGGAAGCGCCCGUGCCCGGCCCCGAGGCUUCUUAGGGAAUGUCGAUUCCCACAGCUCCCCGGCGGCAGUCCGCGAACCCUCAGAAGUCUGGGAACCCUCAGAAGUCUGGGGACAUGGAGGCGGCGGGGAAGUUCAUAGUGGUGGGCGGCGGCAUCGCGGGCGUGUCUUGUGCGGAGCAGUUGGCAAUUCACUUCCCGUCAGAAGAGAUUCUCCUGGUAACAGCUUCUCCUGUUAUUAAAGCAGUUACAAAUUUCAAGCAGAUUUCUAAAGUAUUGGAAGAGUUUGAUGUUGAAGAACAACCAAGUACCAUGUUAGAAAACCGCUUUCCCAACAUUAAAGUUAUAGAAUGCAGAGUAAAGCAACUGAAGAGUGAAGAACAUUGCAUUUUAACAGAAGAUGGCAGUCAGCACGUAUAUAAGAAACUCUGUCUGUGUGCUGGAGCUAAACCAAAGUUGAUAUGUGAAGGAAAUCCUUAUGUAUUAGGAAUCCGUGAUACAGAUAGUGCUCAGGAAUUUCAGAAACAGCUUACGAAUGCUAAAAGAAUCAUGAUCAUAGGGAAUGGUGGUAUCGCACUUGAAUUAGCGUAUGAAAUCGAAGGGUGUGAAGUAAUUUGGGCCAUUAAAGAUAAGGCUAUUGGGAAUACUUUCUUUGAUGCAGGAGCAGCUGAAUUCUUGACCUCAAAGCUCAUUGCUGAAAAACCAGAGGCUAAAAUUGCACAUAAAAGAACCAGAUAUACAACUGAAGGAAAGAAAAAGGAAGCAGGAACCAAAAUUAAUGCUGGUAAUAUAGGCAGUGCCUUGGGACCUGAUUGGCAUGAAGGCUUAAAUCUUAAAGGAACAAAAGAGUUUUCUCAUAAGGUUCACAUUGAAACUAUGUGUGAAGUAAAGAAUAUCUAUCUUCAGAAGGAAUUUAGACUCUCUAAGAAAAAGUCCUUGACAUUUCCAAGAGACCAUCAUAAUGAGUUCGUUACAACUGAUAAAGAAAUAUGGCCUGUGUAUGUGGAACUGACCAACGAAAAUAUAUAUGGCUGUGAUUUUAUUGUCAGUGCUACAGGAGUUACGCCAAAUAUAGAACCUUUUCUCUGUGGCAACAAUUUUGAUCUAGGAGAAGACGGUGGCCUGAGAGUGGAUGAUCAUAUGCACACAUCCCUUCCUGAUAUCUAUGCUGCAGGCGACAUCUGUACUGCUUCCUGGCAACCCAGCCCAUUCUGGCAGCAGAUGAGGCUGUGGACCCAGGCUAGACAGAUGGGAUGGUACGCAGCAAAGUGCAUGGCUGCAGCUAGUUUAGGAGACUCCAUUGACAUGGAUUUCAGCUUCGAACUCUUUGCUCACGUAACAAAGUUUUUUAAUUAUAAGGUUGUAUUGCUGGGAAAAUACAAUGCACAGAGCUUGGGUUCAGAUCAUGAAUUAAUGCUGAGAUGUACCAAAGGACAAGAAUACAUCAAAGUCGUCAUGCAGAAUGGACGAAUGAUGGGAGCUGUCUUAAUUGGUGAAACCAAUUUAGAAGAAACAUUUGAAAACUUGAUAUUAAACCAGAUGAAUCUUUCAUCAUAUGGAGAAGAUCUACUAGAUCCAAACAUUGAUAUAGAAGAUUAUUUUGACUAAAGAGAGCAUUUCAAGAACCACAUAGUUCCAAAUAAGACAAAAUAUCAAGUCAAUGAUGUGAAGGACUCCACUGAUUUAAUGGUGACCACAUUAAAGUUAAAAAUACAAAAGUGAUAAUGACUUUAGUGAAAAAGUAUUUAAAAAUAAAAUUCUAAAGAUGAAAUCAAGUUUGGAUAACUUACAUGUAUAUUUUUUUCUAUCACAAAACUGGCCUCUCAUAACCACUUAUGUAAGAAUUUUCAAGUUACUCAUUUAUGUGCUUUAAACUUAAGACACGUUCACUUGUGAUUUAGUUUUGGAGCUAGGUUGGUCUACAAAGGGCCAUUCUUUAUGAAAUGUCAAAAUAGGGCUAUGGUUUCAAGCUUAGUUUUAUUUUACUUAAAUAGAGACAUAGCCAUCUUACUAAUAUUAGUAUUGAUACCUUAUUUUUGUGUGGAUUCUACAUAUGUUAUAAUGUGAGAGUACUCACUUUUUGUGAUGAGCCUAUGUAAAACUCAGUACAAUAACAUUGCUAUCAAAAGAUAGUUAUGUCAAAAAAAAAUUACAAGGCAUCAAGAGCUUAAGAUAGUUAUGUGAACUUAUUCUCUUAAGUAUUUUACUUUUAAAGGGUUUUACAUUAAAAAUUUAUUUCCCCCUCAUUUCACACUGUAAUUGUAUGCAGUUCAUGCUCUUAAAUUUUCAAAAGUUCUCAAAUUCUCAAGUCAAUACUUUAGAGAGAAGUUCUUAAAAUACUGCUUCAUGUAUAUAAAGUAUAAAUGAGUGUCUUAAAAUUUAAGCU